AUCCCGUCUCGUUUUCCUCCAGUGUCCCGAAGAGAGUAACGAUGGGGAAGAAAGGGGACCGGGGGGCCAAGGAUAAAUCGGCUGCCACAAACCUUGAGGAGGAAGGAAAGAACGCAGCUAAGAAGCCUGAACAUGGCGAAGAGGAAUAUCAGUGCACGGGUAUCCUGGAGCAGGAUUUCAAUGAACUGUGCUCCCGGGCCGGAUUCACCAAAAUCCCCAAGGUCACAGUUCGUAUGCAUCCAUCUAUCUCUAACCUCUUCCCGCCAGAGGAAAGUAACAUGCUGGCUGAGAAGGAGGUCCUGGCCAGCCUCAUCUCCAUCCAGAGCAAGUACGCUUACUUCCAGCCCCGCAUCCUGACCGAACUGGAGCACGACGACCCCAAGAGCGUCCGUGAGAUCUUCCUGCGUGGCUGGAAAAUCGAAGAGAAAAUGCUGGGUGUUUUCAGCAAGUGUCUGCCUGCCCUUGCCAAUCUGCAGGCUAUUCACCUCUGGAAGGUCGGCCUGACGGAUCUCACACUCCUCUCUCUGCUCGCUAUCCUGCCAAACUGCCCCACUCUCAGGACACUAACCCUGGAGGGGAACCCAUUAGCCGAGGGGUCCUUCUACAAGCUGAUUGAGGAGGAGAGCACGCUGGCUCACCUGUCGCUGAGAAACAAUAACAUCGACGACGCCCACGCCAAGCUGAUCGGCCAAGCCCUCUCCUCGCUGACGUCCUGCAACAAGAGUUUGGUGUCGCUGAACCUCAGCUUCAAUCACAUCACGGACCUGGGGGCCGGCUACCUCGCCGAGCCUCCGAGACAUGCCGAAGCCAAAAGCAGCGACCGUCCCUCGAGCCUCGUCAGCAGCACCACUAUCGACAAGCUGCAGUCAGCCAAACUGAGCAAGAGCGCCUCCAAGAAAAAGGGCUGUGCGGGGUUGGGCGCUGGUUGUGCUGCACAAGGCUGGGGGGGAAGGGCCAAAGGCAGGCCUGGAGAGGAGCCGGAAACAGCAACAGGAUUCGCGGAUUUCGCCAUUUGCGGCGGUGUCAGGGACGCCUCCACCGCGAAGGGCGAGGGCUUGCUGUAGGGAGCUGCAGAGCCUGCCCAUCAGCGCCCCCUCCGGGCCCGGGAUCUUCCUUCCAGGACCUUUUGAAGAAAGAGGAAAAAGCUCAGGUGGGUAUUGCCAGUGCUGGGGGCGCGGUGAGCAGCUCCGCCGUAGCGCCAGCGAAGAAGGAAGAUGCUAAACAAGCCAAGAAACGUGAGUAGAAAUUCCCUCCCCACCCCCUCGUAUUCCUUGAGCCAGGCGCCUGGGCCCCCAGAGCUUCGCCUGCAGCUGUUGGCCUGGCAGAGCCGUCAGUCGUGUGUCUUUAACCCCCUCUGGGCAUCUCCCUCCCUCUAGUGGUUUCCACCCCGGAGCAAAAAGUUGUUCGAGGGAAGGGGAUCAAGGUGAGCGCCAAGGAGAAGCGGAGCCUGCUGCCGGAGGUGGAGGUGAGGGAGCCCUGGCCAGCC